AUGCCACCUAAGAUUGCAGUCAGUGACGACGAAGACUCCGCCGAUAUGUCCGACCUCGGCGAGAGAUCCGAGGAGUUGAGUGAUGCUCAGGUCUCCGACGAUAUCGGAUUGGGUGACGAGGAAGACGAAGGAACCAACUCAAACGAAAUGGAAGAGUUGCAGAAUGACUGGUACACGCCAAAAGUUCAUGCCAACGAGAGAAGAACAAGAGGAGCUGCAGCUGGUUCGGUGUCAAGUGACAGCAGUGCUAGAGAAACACGUAAAAGGCAGUUGACCAUGUAUGAAGAAGAUGACGAAGGAGAGGAGGACGACGUGCCUCUGGACGAAUAUGUUGAUGAGCCACCACAGAAGAAGGUUUCUGUGAAACUCCGGAUUCCACGGAGAACAGCAGGCUCUUCGAGGGAUGCUGUUUCCGAGCUGCCAUACGAUGAUGAAUUCGAGUACACACCAGAGGUUCCUGAUGUUCUGAAGCUUACCGAGAGACAGAGGGCUCGUUUUGCCGAGGACGGCAAUGUCAAGAAAUCGGAUGACAGCAUGUUCCAGGAGAUGGACGAGCAGCUUCUAGCGCUUAAUAGGAAGACACAGAAGAAGGCCGAGACGGCAGAGGAAAUCGCCAACAGAAAAGCCGAAAACGCCAGGCGGAGAGCAGACUACAAGGUCAAGCAGCUUGAGGAGGAGAAGAGGGACACCUUGAACAAGCUUCUCAAGAGAAGAGCCGGUAAGACAAAAGACAAGGACAACGACGACUUGGACCUGAAGCUGACGACAUUGAAGCCCAGAAGGCCAGUUAUCCAGCAUCCCGCCUUGACCCGCUGGGUUUGCAAGCCUGAAAGUUCCACCCUUAGUCUUGCAGAGUGA